AUGGCCAUCCAAACUGCAACGCUAACAACGACCAACACCCCCUCGCUGUUCGAAACGGCGCCCUUCAUCCCGGCAGAUGCCAUCUUCGCCCUCACGGCGCAAUACAAUGCCGACAGUUCUCCCAAGAAAGUGAAUCUCGGACAGGGAGCGUAUCGCGAUGAGCACGCUCAACCGUGGAUUCUACCAUCCGUGCAGAAGGCCCGGGACAUGCUGGCCCAGGAGAAGCUGAAUCAUGAAUACUUGCCGAUUCUAGGCCAUGCCGGGUUCCGGAAAGCUGCGCCUCGGACGGCCCUGGGAUUAGAUCUGUUUGGAAGGGUGGAGAACAAAAUCGCCGCCUGCCAAAGUAUCUCCGGUACAGGAGCCCUUCAUCUGGCAGCCCUCCUACUCAAAUACUGCCGCCAGCCACUCCCCAACGUCUACAUCCCCUCACCCACAUGGUCAAACCACCACCAAGUAUUCGCCUCUCUUGGAUUCAACUGCCACUCCUUCCAAUACUACGACGACGCCAAAAAAGCCCUAGACAUCGACUCGUACAUCUCCGCCCUCCAAGCAGCCGAACCCCACUCCAUCGUCAUCAUCCACGCCUGCGCGCAUAACCCGACAGGUUGCGAUCCCAACAAGGAGCAAUGGAAGCAGAUCGGCCGCAUCGUCAAGGAGAAACAACUCUUCCCGCUGUUCGAUGCCGCGUAUCUAGGUUUUAACUCGGGAAAUCUGGACGACGAUGCCUUUGCCAUUCGGUACUUUGUCGACGACCUGCAACUAGAGGUCGGCGUUUGCAUGUCUUUUGCGAAGAAUAUGGGUCUUUACGGAGAACGAGUCGGCUGUGUCUUCGUGGUCACGAAGACCGAAACAACAGCCACGAACACGCAAUCCGUGCUUGAAAUGCUACAGCGCUCCGAGGUAUCCAACCCGCCCGCCUACGGAGCCAAGAUCGCGUCUACGAUCCUGAACGACGACGCGCUUCGGGCGAUGUGGUACGAGGAUUUGAUCACGAUGAGUUCGCGCAUCCGGGCUAUGAGAACGGCAUUGUAUGAUCAUCUGAAUCAGUCUGGUAAGCCAGCGUAUCUACCCGGGCAGAUUUUAUGGGGCAUGGCUAAUCGAGUGUGA